CACGUCACAAAUUAACAAGCACAGAAAAAUGGCAAGCAUGGCUCUUUCCAAAAUUCCACACGCAAGAGCGAUAGUAGUACGUAGCCCAUGGAGCUCCAGGGUCUUUGUUAGUGUUGCUCCCCGGCCUUUCCAGGCAAGUUCAAGGCAUGAGGCCACAGCUGCAUGUGACAAUGCUUCUGGGGCAGCAAAGCAAGGCGCCAAUGAAGCAAUAAGGGUUGGCCAAGACAUGAAAAACAAGGCUGCCUCUAGUGCACAAGAUGUGAGCCAAAAAUCGAACGAUGUGGCCGGAAAGGCGUCUGAAUCUGCACAGGAUCUAGCAAAUAAAGCGAAGCAGACGGCUCAAGAUGCAUGGGGUUCGAUGAAGGAUGCCACACAGAAGAUCAAAGAGAAUGUGGCGGGAAAUGCUGAGGGAGCAAAGGAGGCCGUUAAAGAAAAUGCUGAGACUGUUAAGCGCUCAAUGAACACCAAAAAUUAAUAUCGAGUGUUGUCCUAUAUAUAUAUAUAUAUAUAUAUAUAUGUGUGCUAAAAUUUAUUAGUUCAAUGUUUUUGUUUUUGUUUUUUUGUUUUUGGUUUUUUUUUUUUUUUUUCAGUUUUCUUCAAUCAUUUUCUUGUGAUUUGAGGAACCCAAAGUUGGGCUAAUUGUUGCUUUUUAAUUUAAAAUUGUGCCAGAUGAUAUGAUCCAUUUAUGUUUUGUUCUUAUAGUCAUGCUUAGAGGGUUCGAACCCCUCAACUUAUUUAAUUUGGUAUUUCACUAUAUCUUUAGAUUAAAUUCAAUAGGGUUUAUUUUGGUAUUUCACUAUCUCAUCGACAAAGGUUUUG